GCUCGGCGAUGGGGAGUAGCAGCGCGGAGCGGGGGAGGGGACGGGGGCGGGGCAGGUGUGACAGACACAUGGGAAAAUCAACAACCCGGCCAGGAGCCGUGGAGACAGCCCUGGAAGAAAAGACAGACGCCCACCAGAGCCGGGGCUCAGGGGUCGGCCGGAGUUGCUCUUGGUGGGGGACAUGCGGGGAUCGGGGCAACCAGCCCACCGGGGCCAGAGCCUAUUCCCACAGCAUCGUUGGUCUGACACCUCGUAAUAGGUCUUCUCCAUUUUAGCCUGCAGAGCCUCAAACGCGGGACGGCGAGGAGGGAGCCCGCCUGCGACCGCCGCCGGUCAGGGUGCAGAGCCGGGCGCGCAUCCCGGGCGCCACGGUCCCUACGCCGGUCAGAGGGAAGCCGAGGCAGGAGAGGCGGAGCGCGCCCCGCAGGAGUGAGGUUUGGGCUCCGUCCUGGCUCUGCCACUGACCUUGGGCUUAUCGCGCGCCCUGCCCCGGCUUCAGUUUGCGCAUCUGCACAAUGGGAUAAUGGGUCUUGCUUUGCUAGGUUAAGAGGGGCGGAGUUCGCGCACGCUCCGCACAGCCGCGAGGGGCGAGGGACCGGGAGUGUAUAUGGAUGCUGGCUCCUGCGCUCUGGGGUCCGCCCGGCCUCCGCCUGCGAGUCCCCGCUCUCGCCGCUCGCGCGGCCCCUGCCCGCACGCUGGGCGCAGGGGCGCCUCCGCCGGGUGCGUUGCCCAGACCCGCAGGGGAGGGGGCGGCGGCGGAGCGGGGGAGGAGGGAGCCCGGGCCGCGGCCGCCCCGGCCCGCCUGACCCUCGAGGGGGUCGCUGUUGCCUCGCAGAUCCCUCCCUCGCUCGCUGCCUGCGUCCCUCCCUACCGCUCCCGCCGCGUCCGCCUUUUGUUCGCGGAGCCGCGCGCCCCCGAGCCGAAGCGGCGGGGCGGGGAGCUGGCGGGGCUGCGCGGGGGGCGGGCCGCGCCGGGCGGAGCCGGGGCCCGGGCCGCAGCCGGACUCGGAGCCCGAGGGAGCGAUCGGCGCGCAGGCAGCGGGGGCCCGGGCGCGCUCCGGGGGCGCGGCGAGGCCGAGGGGGCGGGCGCCGGGCGGAGCCGGAGCCGGAGCCGAGGCGCCUGGAGGCGAUCAGGCCGCGCUCUCCGAGCUCAGAGCAGCGGAGAGACCGUGCGGCGGGGGUCGGGGCCGGAGCGCAGCCCCGGGGCUGAGGGGGGCCGAGAGGAGCUGCGGCCCGAGCGGCCCGAGCGGCGCCGGGAGCCUCCCCAGGGGCGCGGAGGCCGGGCGGGCCCGGGCCACGCGCGCCGCUCUCUGAGGCCGAGGGAGGCCGAGAUGGAGGCGCCGGCGGGGGAGCCCCCGGCUCGGGGCUGCGGCCCCCCGCCCGCGCCCGUCCCGGAGAGGAAGAAGAGCCACCGCGCGCCGUCGCCGGCCCGGCCCAAGGACGUGGCCGGCUGGUCGCUGGCCAAGGGCCGCCGCGGCCCAGGCCCGGGUGCCGCAGCCGCCUGCAGCGCCGCGUCCUCCGCGCGGCCCGACAAGAAGGGGCGCGCGGUGGCGCCCGGGGCGCGGGGCGCAGGGACGCGGGUGGCGGGGGUCCGCACCGGGGUCCGCGCCAAGGGCCGCCCGCGCCCGGGUGCCGGGCCGCGCCCGCCGCCACCGCCGCCCAGCCUCACUGACAGCAGCUCGGAGGUGUCGGACUGCGCGUCGGAGGAGGCGCGCCUGCUGGGCCUGGAGCUGGCGCUGAGCAGCGACGCCGAGUCGGCGGCCGGGGGCCCGGCGGGGGCCCGCCCCGGGCAGCCGCCCCAGCCCGCGCCGCCUGCACAGCAGCCUCCGCGGCCGCCCGCCUCCCCCGAUGAGCCGUCGGUGGCCGCGUCGUCGGUGGGCAGCAGCCGCCUGCCACUCAGCACCUCGCUCGCCUUCUCCGACCUCACCGAGGAGAUGCUGGACUGCGGGCCCGGCGGCUUCGUGCGAGAGCUGGAGGAGCUGCGCUCGGAGAACGACUAUCUCAAGGAUGAGAUCGAGGAGCUGCGGGCAGAGAUGCUGGAGAUGCGGGACGUCUACAUGGAGGAGGACGUGUACCAGCUGCAGGAGCUGCGGCAGCAGCUGGACCAGGCGAGCAAGACCUGCCGCAUCCUGCAGUACCGGCUACGCAAGGCUGAGCGCCGCAGCCUCCGUGCUGCCCAGACGGGCCAGGUGGACGGCGAGCUCAUCCGCGGCCUGGAGCAGGACGUCAAGGUCUCUAAGGACAUCUCUGUGCGGCUGCAUAAGGAGCUGGAGGCGGUGGAGAAGAAACGGGCACGGCUGGAGGAGGAGAACGAGGAGCUUCGGCAGCGGCUCAUCGAGACUGAGCUGGCCAAGCAAGUGCUGCAAACGGAGCUGGAGCGGCCACGAGAGCAUUCCUUGAAGAAAAGAGGAACCCGCUCCCUGGGGAAGACAGACAAGAAGCCUUCGGUGCAGGAGGACAGCGCAGACCUGAAGUGUCAGCUGCACUUUGCAAAGGAGGAGUCAGCCCUCAUGUGCAAGAAGCUUACCAAGCUAGCCAAGGAGAACGACAGCAUGAAGGAGGAGCUGCUCAAGUACCGCUCGCUCUACGGCGAUCUGGACAGUGCCCUGUCGGCUGAGGAGCUGGCUGAUGCGCCCCACUCGCGGGAGACCGAGCUGAAGGUGCAUCUGAAGCUGGUGGAGGAGGAAGCCAACCUGCUGAGCCGCCGCAUCGUGGAGCUGGAGGUGGAGAACCGGGGCCUGCGGGCCGAGAUGGACGACAUGAAGGAUCAUGGUGGCGGCUGUGGGGGCCCGGAGGCACGCCUGGCCUUCGCCAUGGGGGGCAGCGAGUGCGGGGAGAGCCUGGCAGAGCUGCGGCGGCACCUGCAGUUCGUGGAGGAGGAGGCGGAGCUGCUCCGGCGCUCCUCGGCCGAGCUUGAGGACCAGAACAAGCUGCUGCUGACCGAGCUGGCCAAGUACCGCUCGGAGCACGAGCUGGACGUGACGCUGUCAGAGGACAGCUGCUCCGUGCUCAGCGAGCCCUCGCAGGAGGAGCUGGCGGCUGCCAAACUGCAGAUCGGCGAGCUCAGUGGCAAGGUCAAGAAGCUCCAGUAUGAGAACCGCGUGCUGCUCUCCAACCUCCAGCGCUGUGAUCUUGCCUCCUGCCAGAGCACGCGGCCGAUGCUGGAGACGGAUGCCGAGGCAGGCGACUCUGCCCAGUGCGUGCCCACUGCCCUGGACGAGGCCCACGGACCCCAUGCUGCCCGGCUCUGCAGAGCCAGGGAGGCUGAGGCGCUGCCUGGACUAAGGGAGCAGGCAGCCCUGGUCAGCAAGGCCAUCGACGUCCUGGUGGCUGAUGCCAAUGGCUUCUCAGCUGGCCUCCGCCUGUAUCUGGACAAUGAGUGUGCUGACUUUCGGCUGCAUGAGGCCCCUGACAACAGCGAGGGUCCCAGGGACACCAAGCUCAUCCAUGCCAUCCUGGUGCGGCUGAGCAUGCUCCAGCAGGAGCUCAAUGCCUUCACACGGAAGGCGGACAUGGUCCUCGGGAGUUCUGCCAAGGAGCAGCCAGAGCCCUUCUCAUCACUGCCCUCCUUGGGCUCCCAGGGACCUUCCAAGGAGAUUCUCCGGGCCAAAGACCUUGGCUCAGACUUCCAGCCGCCUGACUUCAGGGACCUGCCGGAAUGGGAGCCCAGGAUACGAGAAGCCUUCCGCACUGGUGACUUGGACUCCAAGCCUGACCCCAGCCGGAGCUUCAGGCCUUACCGAGCUGAAGACAAUGACUCCUACGCCUCUGAGAUCAAGGAGCUGCAGCUGGUGCUGGCCGAGGCCCACGACAGCCUUCGGGGGUUGCAAGAGCAGCUCUCCCAGGAGCGGCAGCUCCGGAAAGAGGAGGCCGACACCUUCAACCAGAAGAUGGUCCAGCUGAAGGAGGACCAGCAGAGGGCGCUCCUGAGGCGGGAGUUUGAGCUGCAGAGUCUGAGCCUCCAGCGGAGGCUGGAGCAGAAAUUCUGGAGCCAGGAGAAGAACAUGCUGGUGCAGGAGUCCCAGCAGUUUAAGCACAACUUCCUGCUGCUCUUCAUGAAGCUCAGGUGGUUCCUCAAGCGCUGGCGGCAGGGCAAGGUUUUGCCCAGCGAGGGAGAUGACUUCCUUGAGGUGAAUAGCAUGAAAGAGCUGUACCUGCUAAUGGAGGAAGAGGAGUUAAAUGCCCAGCAUUCUGAUAAUAAGACCUGCACAGGGGACAGCUGGACCCAAAACACGCCCAACGAGUACAUCAAGACACUGGCCGACAUGAAGGUGACACUGAAGGAGCUGUGCUGGCUGCUCCGGGAUGAACGCCGUGGUCUGACCGAGCUUCAGCAACAGUUUGCCAAGGCCAAGGCCACCUGGGAGACGGAGCGGGCAGAGCUCAAGAGCCAUACUGCCCAGGUGGAGCUGAAGGCUGGGAAGGGGGCUGGGGAGCGGGCGGGCCCCGACUGGAAGGCAGCCCUGCAGAGGGAGCGUGAGGAGCAGCAGCACCUCCUGGCUGAGUCCUACAGCGCUGUCAUGGAGCUGACGCGGCAGCUGCAGAUCAGCGAGCGCAACUGGAGCCAGGAGAAGCUGCAGCUGGUGGAGCGGCUGCAGGGUGAGAAGCAGCAGGUGGAGCAGCAGGUGAAGGAGCUGCAGAACCGCCUGAGCCAGACACGCAGUGAGAAGAUCCACGACAAGGAGGCUGUUUCUGAAGCUGAGCUUGGGGGAACCAGCUUAAAGAGGACCAAAUCUGUUUCCUCCAUGUCUGAGUUUGAAAGUUUGCUUGACUGUUCUCCCUACCUUGCCAGCGAAGGUGCCCGGGGCAAGAAGCUGCCCAACAACCCUGCCUUUGCUUUUGUGGGCACCCAGCCAGUGGACCCAGAGAAGGAUGCCCAGGAACAGCUCUCACCACGGGACUGCAGCCACCUGGGUGCCCUGGCCUGCCAGGACCCCGCGGGGAGGCAGAUGCAGCGCAGCUACACAGCUCCCGACAAGACGGGCAUCCGCGUCUACUACAGCCCCCCGGUGGCCCGACGCCUGGGCGUGCCCGUGGUCCAUGACAGGGAGGGUAAGAUCAUCAUCGAGCCUGGCUUCCUCUUCACCACAGCCAAACCCAAAGAGUCAGCUGAGGCUGAUGGGCUGGCCGAGAGCUCCUACAGCCGGUGGCUCUGCAACUUCUCACGGCAGCGCCUGGACGGGGGCUCAGGGGCCAGCCCCUCGGCGUCUGGGCCUGGCUUCCCAGCGGCCCUGCAUGACUUUGAGAUGUCAGGCAACAUGAGCGACGACAUGAAGGAGAUCACCAACUGUGUGCGCCAGGCCAUGCGCUCGGGCUCGCUGGAGAGGAAAGUGAAGAGCACGUCCAGCCAGACGGUGGGCCUGGCCAGUGUGGGCACACAGACCAUCCGCACGGUCAGCGUGGGCCUGCAGACUGACCCACCCCGCAGCAGCCUCCACAGUAAGAGCUGGUCGCCCCGCAGCUCCUCGCUUGUGUCUGUGCGCAGCAAGCAGAUCUCCUCCUCCCUGGACAAGGUGCACUCGCGCAUCGAGCGCCCGUGCUGCUCGCCCAAGUAUGGCUCGCCAAAGCUCCAGAGGCGGUCCGUGUCCAAGCUGGACAGCGCCAAGGACCGCAGCCUGUGGAACCUGCACCAGGGCAAGCAGAACGGCUCGGCCUGGGCUCGCUCCACCACCACGCGGGACAGCCCCGUACUGAGGAACAUCAAUGACGGGCUGUCCAGCCUCUUCAGUGUGGUGGAGCACUCAGGGAGCACUGAGUCCGUCUGGAAACUGGGCAUGUCCGAGGCCCGGGCCAAGCCCGAGCCUCCAAAGUACGGCAUUGUGCAGGAGUUCUUCCGCAAUGUGUGUGGCCGGGCACCAAGCCCUACCUCGACAGCAGGGGAGGAGAGCACCAAGAAGCCGGAACCUGUGUCCCCGGCCAGCUACCAUCAGCCAGAGGGCAUGGCCAGGGUCCUGAACAAGAAGGCAGCCAAGUCAGGCAGCAGCGAGGAGGCCAGACUCUCCGUGCUCCCCCAGGUGGGGAAGGAUGGUGUCCCCCGGGAUGGAGACGGAGCCACGGUCCUUCCCAACGAGGAUUCUGUUUGUGACUGUAGCACACAGUCUCUCACCUCCUGUUUUGCCCGGCCAUCCCGCUCUGCCAUCCGCCACUCUCCUUCCAAGUGUAGGCUGCACCCUUCAGAGUCCGGCUGGGGUGGGGAGGAGAGGGCAGCCCCCCCCCAGCGAGUGACAGAGCAGCCGAGCUCCCCGCCUCAACCAGCCCAGUCCCUGGAUAGCCGAAGGGAACCAGUGGAGAGGAGAGGAGACAAGGCGAGGAGCCCGGGCCCUCAGCAUCAUCUCGCCCUGGGAGACAGCAGCUGCACCACUGCCAGAGAACAGCUUUCCCAUCCAGGUAAAGCGAGUCUCCUGCUGACCGCUGGGUGGUGCUCUCCGACUUCCCAGGGGAAGGCUGUGAGCGGGAGAAAGACCAAAACUGGGCUUUGCAAGCAUCUACAGAGAGAUCCACUGGGAGCCAAUCCCUGGGUCCUGAGGGGGAGCCUUGCCUGGUUCUGCCUGCACCCACUUCUCCAAGGGCCAAGGAAAGGAUGCACUUCUGGCGGCACCCCUCCGGGAACUGGCUCACGGAGAUGUUCCCUGCCCACCACAUCCCCCUUCAUGGGGAGGAAACACCGAGGAGAAGAACAGGCUUUGCUCUAGGCUCUGUUUAGGGUUCUUGGUGGAGCCGGGCUGGGCACCAUCCCCAACCCUUCCUUCCCUCCGCCUACUCCUCCUCCCAGCCACUCGCUCUGGAUUACUCUGACUCUAGGGAGUAUGAUAGGGCCGUAGCCAGGGCCAAGUGUCUGCUUGGAAUCCUGGAGCCCUGGAUCUCCCUGCCCAGAGCCUGGAUGCAGCAAAGACUGGAAGACGAAGUGGGAAUGUGUGGGGCUCAGGGUUGGGGGGGGGGGUUCCCUGGAACUGCCUUCCUUACCAAUGUGAUCAGGGGGCCCCAGCCUUCCUAGGAGACUCCUUGAGGACAGAAAUAGGUAGUCAGUCUUAAGACGUGGUACACAAAUGCCUAAAUGCUUACGGACUUGAUCGCUGGGGCUGCUUUCCCGGCAGCCUGGAAGGGCGCCACAUCUCCACUGUGUUUACAUCCAGCAGCUGGUGGAGGGCAAAGAUAUUACCAAGAAGAGACUCCCAGUUGGCCAGGCCAGGCCAAGGAGCACUCUAAGAGGCCCGUGCCCUGGACACAGUGGUAGACUGGGGCCUGGGAACACAUUUCUUGCCUAGGUUGUUUAUUUGAAUUUUUCUUACUAUAACUAUUUAAGGUGGUUUUACUUUAUUUUAUUAAUUUAAUUUACCCCAAAGUCCCUAAGGUAAUUUAUUGGAAGUUGAGACAAGUAUUCUUGCCAUUGGGACAAUGCAAGCCUUCUAACACGAUGGACAGGCAUGGGGUCCCCCAUGUGGAUGAGGCAGCUCAGCAGCCAAGCUCUGGUCUCCUGGUCAGGUCUGGAGGGCUCCCCAGCAGAGCUGGAGCCCUGCAGCAUGCUCCCCCAACACCGCUGACCAGCUGGCCUCAACAUUGCUUUUCAGUCAGCACCUGGUACUCGCCCAGCCUCGGUGGUCAGUCUGUAAGUGCUCGCCGACAGGGCGGAGGGCUGGACCGACGUCACCACUUCCCCAACAUUCUCCAUCUCCCUUCUCAUUUUCCUCCCUCCCUCUCACACCUUUUUUUAAUGAGUCAAACAUGGAUUACUAAGGCUCUAUCGAGAGCAUGGAGAUCCCUCCAGGUUCCCCACGUGAGAACUCGCAGGAAAACAGGACCGAACUUCGAGAAUGUUGUUUAUUGCAGCUUUGCACAUGGAUCUGAGAGUGUCUGCCAGCCUGCCUCCGUUCUCACCAGCCUGCCGGCCUUUUCACCAGCCUCUUCUUAGCCUUAUGGCCUCUUGCGGCUCUUCUCCCAACCCCAACUCUGCUGCCCACCCUUCCCCACAUCCCAUGGGAGCUGCCCCAGCCAUCAACAGACUGUGACGUGGCUCACUGCAGUGUGGCAAGGAGGCCUCCUCUGGCCUCCCCCUUGUUGCCAGUGAACAUACCCGCGCACAUGCACACAUGUGGGCCUCCUGUAACUGGCUGGGGGCCCAUAGUGGAAACACCAGGAUGAAGCAGCUUGUCUGUGGAAUUCCCCAUCAGGAAGACCAAAAGCCAGCAGCUUUGCUAGUUUGCCGCCAGGACUCAGGAGAUCCCUCUGCACUCCCACAUGCCAGCUCCCAGUCCUGCCCAUUCAGGGUCACCUGGACCAGUUAUCCAAAGUCCUUCAUCUCCACUCCCUAUUGGCAGACCAUCAGCAUCAUGUCAGUCCACCAGCCACUUCCUCAUGCCAUAGUGACCUGUGUGGGCAGAGCAGGCAGGCCGAUGGGGUCUCUGAGAUGCCACUGCUCUCACCCAAGAGGUCAGGGCCCCUCCCAGAUUAUCUCCAGGUGAGGGGAUUCACACCAGGCCACAAGCCACCAGAGGCCUUCUGCCACCUCCCCGAGCUGCAGAGGGCCAGAGAGGCUGUGCUCCCAGCCCUGGGGAGAAAUCCUCAUGAGACCUGAACCCCGCAGCCUCCGGACCGCUCAGCCUUACCAUCGUCCUCGUUCAAGAUUGUCCUUGCCAUCCGCGUUGUCUCAGUACCUGGCCACCUGACCCCCAGCCGGUGUCAGAGGCUCCAGAUCUUGGUUUUCAGUAAAGUCCCAGUUUCCACUUCCUGCAUGUCACUGUGCAAGGUCACUCAUCACUGUUCCUACAGAAGCCUCUGGACAUGGGGCUUGAUGGGGUUGAAAAUGUUACAUGUAAAUAUUGGUUUGGUUUGAUUUUUAGCUUUUUAAUUAGUAACUUGUUGUAUUUUCUUUUUUUGGGGUGGGGGGGUUCGUUUGUAAAAACUCUCUACUCUUUUGGAAUGUAAUUUCUAAGUUGGUUUGUUUCUUCAAAUGCCUUUUAAGUCUUGGUAACAUUCCCAAAGCAGAAAACUGCCUGACCCACAGAAACACUGCCCUUCCUCCCUUUCUUCCCCUUCCUACUAUCACUGCACCCUGUUACUCCUAGCACCUUCCUCCUCCUUUAUCCUUCUCCUUUUUCCCCAUCUCCACUCUCUUCAAUCAAAGUCCCAAGGAAACCUGGGGUCCUAAUCCCCUACAGACUGCCAGACUUGGGUCCAUGGUGUUGCUACCAGUUGGUUGGGGGGAAAUGGGGACCAGUAACACAGUUGACCCUAAACUCAGCAGCCUCAAGUUUCUGGUAUCAGACCUCUUCCCAGAGCCAAAUUAGACCCUCCUGGGGGCAAUGACGUCUAUAUUUGAAAUGAAAUUCAAACCACUUUGGCGCAGUAGAGGCUCCUAGACCCUGCACGCGCAAGACAUCAGAAUCUAAUUCCCUGUCUCCCUGGCACUUCUUUCCUCUCAGUUCUUUCCCACCGACGGCUGACAAUUUAAAAUCCCCUCCAACAUGAGCUUAGAACGGGCCCCACCUCUUGGUCUCCCCAAGGAUGCUCCUCUACCAGCUGCUUUCCCGGGUGACAAAGUUGAGGGCCCAGAGACUUGACCUUCUUAUACCCUGAUUGCCAACAUGACUCCAUCAUGCCCGCCCCCACGCACCCUUCAUGGUUUCAUCAUCCAGCCUAUUCUCCUCUUGCCCACCAACUUCCAGACCCUUCCUCCUUCUCUCCUAUCAUCCAGAAUGUCGCCCCAGUCUCAGCAGCCUUCUACCCUCACCAGCCCCUCAAGCUCCCACUAUCUUUCCAUUAAUAACAACCCCCUGCCUAGAACACUUUCUUAUUUAGAAAUUGCUUCCCCAUCCUACAGCUCCUUCAGACCUCUAAGGGACAGCUCUGGGAGGCAACCACGGCAGGACAGGGGUUAGUGCUCCCAUUUUGCAGAUGAGGAAGCUGGGGUGCAGGACUCAUCCCAGAGUCACCUAACUGGAAAGUCAUCAAGUUUCGACUAGAACCUGGGUCCACUGGAUCCUCCAGCCCAACUCUGUCCUGCUUGCUGUGUAAACCUACUGCCCCACUGGGGGCUUUGUGCAGGUGCAGGACACCCAGAAUAUGCCACUGCCCAACCCAUACGUGAAAACAGUCCACUCCAAAUCACUGGUACCUGUGUGUCCCGGAGGUGGUCUAGGGACCCCCUGUAUCAGAAUCCUCAGAGGACAUGUCCAGAAUGCAGCUUCCUGGGCCCCACCUCAGCCUCCUGGGCCAGGAAUCUGCAUAUCUAACAAACUUCCAGGGAGAUCCUGGGCACCAGUGACCACACCAUUUAGGUUCACAGCCCUGACCAUUAGGCCAUCUUUCUUUUAAUCAAUCACCACGAUGCUGUGUCUUUUUUUUAUUUUAAGAUUUUAUUUUCUUUCCUUUUUCUCCCCAAAGCCCCCCAGUACAUAGUUGUAUAUUCUUUGUUGUGGGUCCUUCUAGUUGUGGCAUGUGGGACGCUGCCUCAGCGUGGUUUGAUGAGCAGUGCCAUGUCCGCGCCCAGGAUUUGAACCAACAAAACACUGGGCUGCCUGCAGCGGAGCGCGCGAACUUAACCACUCGGCCACGGGGCCAGCCCCAACGAUGCUGUAUCUUAAAAGAGCACUGAGCUAGGAAUUAGGGGGCUUGGUCUUCAACUCAGCUCUGAUUUGGUUUAAUUACCCUGAGAAUUUCCAAAAAGCAUCAGAGGCGAUUUAGAAUCUUAGUCAUAAGGUUUAAUAAGACAAUGGAAAAAAGAAAGAAAGCAGGAAGAAGUAUCGUUCCCCCAUCUAUCUGAUGUAAUUCUCCAAAUCCUGCAGUUAAAUUUUACUCUUGAGUUUCCUGGCAGCCAUGGUAAAAAGAGAAACACAUCAGGUUUCGUAAGUUUUGUCAUCUAGUCAUGGGAAGCAAGCAUAUUUACCCCAGGAGACAAACUCCUCUGCUACUAAUUUACAGCAUGUAUCCUUUCUUCAAAGGCCACUAGGCCAGUUGCAGUAUAAACCUGAGGUGAACCUAAAAUGCAAGGAUGUUUCCAGGUCACUAUUUAUAAAGUAAUAAUAAACUGCCACCAACCUGAAUGACCUUGUCCCCAGAUCAUGUGGCUAGUGUAUGCCUCAAUUUCCCCAGCUGUAAGUGGGAGAAUGUCCUUCCACCUCACAUGGCUGUGGUGAGGACCAAAUACAAUACUGUGCCUGUGAGUCUAGCUGGAAAAGCAUAAGCUUCCUCACAGAUGUCGAGUGGUCUGAUCACACUGGUCCCAGGCCAGCCCCCCAGCAACCUGGCCCUAGUCUUAGAGAAUAGAAAGGGAACCACAAAAUAAUCUGGACCAACUCUCUCACUUAUUUUUAAUUGUGGCAUAAUAUACAUAACAUAAAACUUACUGUUUUAGCCAUUUAAGUGGCUUUAAGUUCAUUCACAAUGUUGUGCGACCAUCAACACUGUCCAUUUCCAGAACUUUUUCAUCACCCCAAACUGAAACUCUGUACCCACUAAACAAUACCUCCCCAUCCUCUCCCCCAGCCCCUGGUAACCUCUCUUCUACUUUCUGUUUCUAUGAAUUUGCCUACUCUAGGUAUUUCAUACAAGUAGAAUCAUACAAUAUUUGUCCUUUUGUGUCGAACCCCCUCACCUUUUUAGAUGAGGAAUCAGGCCCAGAGAAGGGAGUGGCUCACCCAAGGUCACACAGCAAACUAGAGGCAGAGGCAGGACCAGAACCCAGGUUUCCAGACUCCCAGCAGGUUCUGUAUCCGCAGUGGUGAAUGAGGCACCAGCCUGCCAUUCUGUGAUCUUGCUUGAACCCCAUCCUCUCUUUUAUCAUCUUCCUCAGCAAGCUUCCACUCCUCCUCCCUCCUCUGCUCCAGCUAGUUCUCACUAGCAAACUGAGUGGCCCUGGCCCACGGCCAGGUUUUCCUCUUCUGGGCCCCAGGCUUAUUCGUAGCACCCACCCCUCAGCCCUCCCAGAGCGGCCUCCCCAGCUUGGCUCCCCUCCCAUGGAUUUGCCCGUCCCCUCAGGCUCACAUUCCCAUCCUCCCGUCUCUGUGGUCUCUCAACUCCCCAUGUUUGCUUUCAGAUCUGGUUGUAUUCCUAGGUUCGUUUUUACUUAUUUUGUGUUUUCUCACCCCAAAGGGGGCACCUUUCCCCAAAGCCUCAGGCGGCAUCAGUUAUGCCAGCCUUUCUCACUGGGCUCUGCCCCAGCAACCCUCCAGCCCAGAAAGACAUCCCCCAGUCCCACCAGGGAGCCACAUUGUCCUCUCUGUCCACAGCCUCCCGGCAGGACCCCAGCACCUUCCACUGGGAGUAUGUAUGUUGGGGGGGCUUGGAUCCCCCUUUUUGGACUCCUCUACCCUGCCCAGUCCUGCAUGGUCUUGUUUGCAAAGCAGAUGCAGCCUGGCUUGGGUUCUUUUCUCUCACUCCUUGGUCGUCCGUCCAUCUGUCUGUCCAUCUGACAUCCCACCAUCCUCUCCACUCUCCCCUGGGCCUCACGGCCUCUGCAAUAGCUCAUCCUGGCAGAGCCUGUAGCUCACCCUGGCUCUACCGCUUACCCCUCCCAACAGGGUUUGCAGUUUGCAAAGUCCACAGAGCCAAGAACCAAAGGGGACUGGGGACAUAAUAAUGGGCCUGAGUCCCCUGCCCGGGGCUCCUCCCUACUCCUCGCUCAUCCUCCUUAGACCCUCCCUUGUCAAUCCCAUCAGCCCUGCUCCUCUCCCGUCCUGCCCUUCACCAGCCCUCUGGACCCCAGACCCCAAGGAAAGGAGCUUUGGUUUCUUCUAAGCGUCCUUGAAGGCCGAGGUAGUUGGGGCCUGGUCACCUAGUCUCACUUUGUUCUGACACCAUUCAGGCUGCUCCCAUGAGAAGGAACCUCAGCUGGGAGUCUGGAGCCCUGGCCCAGGUCUGGGUAGAUCUCUGAACUUGUCUGAGUUUGACUGGUUUUCUGAUUUUAUGAUGAGGACCGGGAUGAUCCCUAGGGGCCCAGAGUACCCCUCGUGUUUCGGGGCCCUCCAUCACCAUCCUCUAUCCACUGGGCCCUGGUACGCUGGCUCCUCUCUCAGCUCUGCUACUGAUCUCUGUGCCUUAGUUUACUUCUCCGCACAGGGGGGCUCCCCACAAGACUAUUCUUGGCAGCUCCUCAGACAUUUUGGUGACUCUAAAGCUGGGCCUUGCCAGCGGUGGCCCAGCUCCCUGGCACUGCCUUGGGGCACCAGGCUGCUGAGGAUGAGAUGCCUGGAGGUUCUCAAAGCAGCAGGAGCAUCACCUGGGAACUUGACAGAAAUGCAAAGUAUCAGCCCCACCCGAGACCUACCGGAUUAGAACAUCUGGAACAAGCUGGGGUUUAACAAGCCCUCCGGGUGAUUCUGAUAGACACAGCGGUUUGCCAGCUGCUGAUCUAGACUCUCGAUCAGUGUGGCCUGGGGAGGGACAGAGGCUGGCCCAGACCAGGAACAGGUGGGAAACACCAACCUCAUCUGGACUCCUGAGAGAUUGGUAACUCUCUCGCCCCCCAAAAACAAAACAAAACUCUGUCCUCCUCACCUGGAAGCUGGAGGGCAGGGAGAAGGCGUGCAUUUUUCCUUUCCCUGCCCCUGGCUUGGUUCCAGCUCUGCUCACCUCUCCCACUUGUCUGGGUUUUACAAAAGGCUGUGUAGGGUCGUACCAGCCAGGUGGGGGGCGGGAGGGGGAGUGAGGGGGGAGUCCAGGGGGGCAGGAGACAAAAGCCCCUGACCAUUACCUCUUGGGAACCUCACCACAGGCUCAUGGCCUCUCCUCAAAUGACAAGAAACCUAACUCCUCCUCAAGGAAAGACUCCUGAAUUCCUAGCUCCUGCUCCCCCUUCUUUCACGUCCAGUAGACAGUGCCAAAAAACAGCUCCAACCCCCAGCGUCUGGGGAAGAGAGCCAGAAGCUGUCCCUCCUCCUCCUCUGGGCCCCCCUCAACCCCCACCAAUACUGUGAAGCCCCCUUCUUGCCCAGCCUGAUUUCCUGGUGCAGGUCCUGCAGUUGUGGGCCCUAGGGGACCCCCAGGGAAAGGCCUUUUGGGGGGAAGGGACCAAGGGCAUCCUUGGGCCAAACUGUCUGCCUCUCCUGUCCACUGUUCUCUCCUCUCCACUCCUGUCUUCAAAAGGCUCCUUCCCAGGAUGGACUGGGUGCUAGGACAACCGUGGUCCGAUCCGCCAGCUCUCCCUGCCCCCGUGUCUGAUUUCAGACAUGAGAAUAACUGUACAGUGUAAACUUACAAAGGGUUUUUAAUGGUUGUAGAUUGGAAAUAAAGUAUGUCAUAUGAACAGUU